UUUUUGUGGGUAUAAGUUUUUAUUAGCGUCUGAAGUUCCGUGUGCGGAGGGUAGCAGGCAACAGGAGGGAGGGCCGGGUGGGCGUGUGGGGCUGCGGGCUCAGUCGGCACGGAGCCUCGAGUCGCGCACGCCGGCCGCACGCCGCACCCACGCUCCGCUACUCGCAAAACUUUCACGAACUUUUCCAAAGAGAAAAAGUGCGCAGUGUUCUGAACAAAAUUGGAUGCAAAUUAGUUACCAGCCAUCUGUGUGGUGUGUGUUUGUAGCAGAGAACACAGUUCUAUUUGGAAUGAUGGAGUUUAAUUGAAGCAGAAUGGUUCUUGCACCAUGAGGACGUGCAGCGAGCUCGGAUUCUGCCUCGGUUUGGGGAUGCGCCUGAGUGGAGCAAGUAGCAGGAUGGCGGCGCACGCGAGCUCACGCGUUUUCCUGCUGGCGCUUAUGGUGCUGGGUCGAGAGGGCGUGUCGAGCCUAGAGCUGCUGGAACUGCGCGUGCCGGCGCACGUACCGCUGGGCACGCGCCCGUCGCUGACCUGCCGCUGGCAGCUCGGGCCCACCGACGUGCUGUACUCCGUCAAGUGGUACAAGGACGGCAAGGAGUUCUUCCGACACGUUCCCAAGGACACAGAGCCGCGCCGGAAGUUCCCGCUGCCUGGCGUCGAUGUCGAGAGAUCAAGUACAAACGGGGCUAACGUGACGCUCUUCCCGGCGAUCCUGGAGACAGGCGGGCGUUACCGCUGCGAGGUGUCUGGCGAGCGACCGCUGUUCCCCACGGUGUCCGACCACUCGGACAUGACCGUCGUAGCUCUUCCGAACCACGGACCCACAAUCACAGGGUCCAAGCUUCGGUAUCAGAUCGGCGACCGAGUGCAGGUGAACUGCACGUCGGGUCGGUCGCGGCCGGCGACGCGGCUGGCGUGGUACGUGAACGGCGAGCCCGCGCCGCCCGCCGCCCUGCAGCCGCCGGUGCACGAGACGCACCCCGACGGGCUCGAGACCACCAGCCUCGAGCUCGACUUCAAGGUCAAACCGAAGCACUUCAGAAGGGGAGAUUUGAAACUUAAGUGUCUCGCAACAAUAGCGACAGUGUACUGGCGCAGCAACGAAGAGAGCGUGCAGGGCGAGCGCAUGAAGGGGUAUGCGCGCUCGCGCGAGCUCAGCGAGGGCGCGUCGCGCGCCGAUCGCGUGCAGGCGGCGGGCAAGCCCGGCGCGGCGCCGCGCGCGCUGCCCGCGCUGCCCCUGCCCGCGCUGCUGCCAGCACUCGCGCUACUACUCGCGCGCGCCGCCGCCAACCCCAUUGUACGAUUAAACACUUAAAAGACUCGAAACGACAACGCAGACACUUCCUAUGUGAUGUGUUCGGAUUGUUAUGGUGCAAAAACGAUAAUUCUGAUUAGAUAAAACUAAUUAUUGUAAAAUACGCUUGAUUCUGUGUAGCUAAGUAAAAGUUAUACAUAAACACUCGCGUGAGAUAUGUGCCAUUGUCGAAGUAAUAAUUAUUACCUUGUUAUUUUAUCACCUCGAAUUCCAAAGAUUAUUGUUUUACCGAGAUUUUGUCUAACCAAAGUAGAGGCAUUUGUAAUUAACAUAUCAAAAUCUCUUACGUAUACAUUUGCGUCACUAAGGGUAAUCUAUAAUUCUAUACGUAUCGAUACGUCAGUAAUUAAUUACAUAGCAGUUAUUUGUGAUUCUAAUUAUGAGCCAUACAAGACAUAUCAUUAAAGUCAGGCUUCUAUAUUGUACUGUAAUAU